ACCAACCUAUUUCAGUUAGAUUUCGAUUUUGGUUAAAAGCGAUUGCAUUGUGCGAUCCAUCUCACUGAAAUAAUGAAGCCAUUUUUACUGCUUAUAUGUUUGGCAAUAUUUAUAUUCAACGAGGUCUCCAGUGAAGUUACGUACGGAAAAUUAGUUCAAACUUUUAAUGACAAAGCAAAAAAUGUCAAAGAAAUCAAACAAGCCAAUUGGUCAAAGGAGUUAACGCCACUAUUUACAAUCUAUGAAAAAUUCACCGAAUCUUUAAUUGAGAAAAUAUUUCAUUCCUUCAUAAUUGUUAACUUGCAGAGUCCCAUAGACAAUUUCCUAGAGCAAGUGCCUGAGAAUAAUGCUGAUGCUUUGGCAAUUGUCGCAUACACUAGAACAGUUUUGAUGAAUCAAAAUCAAGUAAAUAAUUUAUGUAGUGAACUAAGUUCUAAACUCAGACACGAUACUGUAUCGUCAAUUCCGCCACCUGUUGUUGUCGAAUACCGAAACCGCGAACAUAUUCCAUUGAACCAAACGCAUGUGAAAAAGAUUCAGCAAAGCAUUUCAUAUAUGCACAAAAUUCACAAAGAUUUUAAAACCAAAUUCAUAGAUGAAUUGAAUAAGGCAGACGUCGCAAAAGAAGUUUUUGCAUCCGAAACUGGUGCCGUCUUGAGUGCAUUCAAUGAUGCUUCGACUAGUAAAUUAAGUAAACUGAAAGGCGCUAUGUUACAUUUAAAACAGUCUCAGGACCGAGUUUGGAAACUUCUAAAAAAUAUUGAAAACAUUUUAAUAAAAUACAAUGCACAGCGCAAUGCAUGGGCCAAUUUUCUAUCAGGAGUUGAAGGUUAUCUAGUCAGUUAGAAACAAUGUAAUUUGUCAUAGAAAAAUAAAAAAAAACUUUAACAAUUAUU